AAUAAUUCAAAAAAAGUACAAGUGAGACGGUGAUUUCUCUUUGUUGGGUUGGCAGUGGUGUUAUUUACAGGGUUGACAGUUGACACCUUGUAGCAGCGUGUGAGCGUCGUGAGCGUGUUGUGCAUCGAUUAACAGAUUGUAGCCGAACCAAAGUAAAAAUGAACGAGAGUUCUUCUCUAAAUGAUUCUAAGGAUUCAGAAAAGUCGCUGUGCGAACUGGCAAGUCAUGAAUUCGCCACAAUCAAAGAGACAGUUACGUUUGUGGACAAGACCUUGUUUAUCAAAUGUCUCUUAAGUGAUACUAGUAAAAUAGUAUUACUAACGGCACCUAGAGCUUUUGGAAAAACUACCCUCAUGGAUAUGUUGAAGCAGUUCCUACUAGGAAAAACCGAUUUAUUUAAGAACUUAAAGAUUUGUACCGAGGAAAGACGAUUUUUUUCGAAGAACUGCAAACUUCAUCCUGUGAUACAUAUUAAUCUCGGGCUUGUUCGUGGUAGCAGUUUUGCUGAAGUUAAGCACGAAUUGGCGUUGGCUAUAAAUCGUGCAUUCAGAGAACAUUCAUACGUGAUGAAGACGACUGAUGAUGGUACCUUAGCUUGGGCAAGUGACAAGUUACACAUUUCUAACUUAAAAAUAGCAAGUUUUGAAAAAUUUUGCUAUAGAGAAAAGUGCAUCAUGUUAAGUGAAGCUGAUUUGGUAGAUAGCUUAACAUUUUUAUCGGAAGUUUUACAUACACAUUAUGAGGAAAAUGUUUUCGUACUCAUCGAUGAGUACGAUGCUCCUGCGCUAGGCCUGGUAUUCGAGAGUUGUUCAAAUAAGGAUGACAUUGGAUUAAUUAAUGAUUUUCUAAAACGUUUCAUGGCUAAUACGCUAAAAUUCAAUGAUUUCAUAAAACGCUCAUUAAUUUUUGCUUGUGUUCGGUUGGCCGGAGCCUUCUCAGGGGAUGCAGCAAGAGUUAUAAAACAUUAUCCGUUCCUAAGUGAUCUUCGAUACGCACCGUACUUAGGAUUUACGGAUGAGGAGGUAAAGCAGCUACUUGAGCUUCCAGAAGUUAAAGCUGCUUGUGGGAAAGUAACAUUCAAAAUAAUUACGAAAUGGUAUGAUGGAUAUAUGGUAUCUAAUAGCCCAUUGAAAAUAUUCAGUAGCUGGUCAGUCUUGAACCUUUUGGAAAGUGUUUAUACAACCGGUACGCUCAAAUAUUCAUCUUUCUGGAUUGAUGCAGGUCAUGUAAGAAAUCUGGGGAAGCUGUUUGCGGAACCUUCAGUUCGAGAAAAAAUUGAGGAACUUAUUUCUAAUGGUGAAGUUAAGAUAAGAACAGUUAAAUCGGUGAAUAUCGAUCAUCUAACGAGUCUAAAGGAACUUAUUUGUUUGCAGUUUGAUGAAAUAUCGAAGGAAAAUGUGGAGUUAUUUUUGCAAUUCUUGGCUGAUUCUGGUUACUUUAAUAUAUUGUCAAUUGAUAAGAAAACAGAUGAAAUUGAAACAAACACCGAAGAUGAACAUAUAGAAGAAGGGGCUGAUUUUGAAAAUGACUCGACAUCUUGUGUUUUAAAAAUACCUAAUUUUGAAAUUGAGCAGCAUAUCCGCAACGCUUGUUAUAGUGAAGCACUGGCAACUGUAUCUGAAUACCACUUGAGAGCUACAUCUGUUAAAAAUUAUGUAAGUGCUCUGAAAUUACUAUUACAAAGUACAAGUGAGAGGGCAUUUGUUGAUUUUGCAAACGCCGUAUUGGUAUUACUCUCUCAAUCACAGAAGAUUAUGAACGAAACAGAACUUCAUCACAUCUUGUAUACUCUGGUAUAUAACUCCAGAUACUUCGAAACACACAGUGAGGUCCAGAUCAAGAAAAAAAGAAAACGACCAGGGAUAGCCAAUACCCUAGAUGUGGUGAUAAUCAGUAAGAACGUUGGAAUCAUUUUUGAAUACAAAAUGUAUUCCAAGUCUGCAAAUGAAGCUUUACAACAAAUUUUUGAGAAGCAAUAUUACACUAAAUUUGAUGAACCUGACUAUAAACACAUUUCAAAAAAGAUUUACGCUGGUUUGACAUUCGAGCCAGAGGAGAAGAAAGUUUUUAUAACAUAUCAAGUUGGAACUGAAGGAAUAAGUAAAUCUGUCUGUAGUGAUACACUAUUAUAAUUUAUUAUGUUAAAAAAAUUAAUACUUAUUUUAUUAUUCUGCUAAUGAUUUGUUUAUAGUGUUAAUAAUAAAAUUCUAUUUAAAUUUCCAAAUGCAAUUUUACUUGUUACCAAAAUCCGUUUGUUCACCAAGUUCAGCUAAUUUUUACAAAUUUAAUCUUACAAAUUUAGCUGUUUGUCCAAAAGCAAACAACCGAAUAGGGCCUAAAACCUCUCAAAAAUCAUGAAUUUUUAUCCACCCCAAAAGUUCCCAAAUAUGUGUAGGCCACUAAAAGUUGGGCACACGAAAAACAGGGUAGAAUCCUACAAAUUUACUGUUUUCCCAAAAGUAACCAUCCGAAAAAGAUGUAAAAAACUUACAAAAUGCCUUGAUUUUAGACACUCCAAAAAUAGCUUUUCAUUUCUGGACCAAGCAAAUUGACGCAUGCAAAAAUCAAGUAAAAUUACCUCAAAACCAUUGUCAAAAUGUCUAGAUUUCACACACCUCAAAACAGCUUUUCAUUUCUGGACCAAGCCUAUUGGCGCAUGGAAAAAAUCAAUGAAAUACAACUUAAAGCGACUUAAAAUCCUCGACACUCCAAGUAAAAUUACUUUAAAAACCAGGAAAAACCUUUAUAAAUUCCCUAGUUUUUAGAUACCCCAAAAAUAUAGCUUUUCAUUUCUGGACCAAGCCAAUUGGCGCAUGGCAAAGGUGUUAAAAAUUUUUAGCAAAUACAUUUUGCAUACCCCAACUGUAUUCAACUAUUAUACGCACAUAAAAAAGAUACACCUAAUUGUUCGAAGUCUACUAAAAUAUCUGAACACUCCAUUAUGGAUUUUCAUUUAGAGAUCGCUAUUAAAACUUUAAUGUUAUCGUAAACAUGUUCGGUUUGUGUCUUAAUUAUCAAAUUCAACACCCCAAUAUUCGACUAUGCCUUCAUGAUAAUUCUUGGAUUCAGAAUAUUUACAGAAUUAAUAAAAAUAAGUGCAAAACAUUCCCCAUUUUCAUUCCGACUACAAUCCGAUCUAUUCUUACAGCAUCUCCUCUUUCACGACAGCUUAUACCGUUUAUAGGUAUGUGUCUAUCGAGGAGAAUCAUCGGCACGACCAUCAAUCCUGAAUUCGUCUUCGACUCAUGAGCCUUUGGCGAAUCAACAGGACAGACAGGUCAUUGUUGUUCGAUAUUACUGUAAGUCAUGAAUAGAUGGAAGAGUCCCAAAACCGAGAAAUGUUUUGAGAAUAUUUGGCAGCACUCAGUUGUCCUCAAUCUCUAUGCCACUCGAGAUCUCACCAGUUCAGAUUUAAGAACAACUGCAUUCUCAAUAAAAAAAAGCGGCGAUAGGAAUCGAACUCAAAACCUUGUAAUUAUCUGUCUAACUCUUUACUAUCUGAGCUAUUUAUGUCUUGUCCAUUAUAAUUUCUAAUCAGCUACAAUAAUACAUCAAAUUGCGCAAUAUUACGAAAUUAAAAAAAACUUGGAUUCGCCAUAAUUCGAACCCGAGACCCUUAGGAUUGAACGCGAAUAUCUUACCAACACGUCUAUAAUGGAUUUUCAGUCGUUUUCGGAUUGAAUAUAUUAUAUUGUCUAUGCUAAUUUCCUUAUUAAUUAAAAAAAUGAAAUUCGUUUUGCAUGCUACGCACUAGUGUACAGAACAAUUAUUAUGUCCAAAUUAAGUUUAUUUUUUAAGGGUAAGCACGCACGUAAUACGCUGAAUACGCUCAAUCGUGCAGCGCCUAAAAAUUUAAUAACGAAUAACGCAUUUUGAGUUUUGAGCGUUUUUAUUAAACAGAAGACGGUCGAUGGUCGAGCAUUGGUAUCCUUCAAAAAUACGCUGACACAUCGGCCUACUCGUUUAAAAAACGGGUUUACUGUAAAAUCAAUUUUUUUUCCGUUAUAGAAAUUGUUCUUAUAGUAUAUUAAGUAUGGAGAACGGUAAGGGUUUGUUACUGUUCGACAUGCUUAUAACGUUUUUUGCACGAUCGGAAUCAGUAUCAGUGUCAAAAUUAUAAAUACAUAAUUUUUAAAUAAAAUGAACGUAUUGAGAUUACGAAUUUAGACGGCUCUGUGUUACUAUGGAUUAUUGCCAAACAAACAAAAAUUGUGUUCUGCCAGUUGUCGAUUAAUUCGAUAAAAAGUAUUGAUUGAAAGUGCAGUGGUGUUUUUUGAUAAAGAAUAAUGAGCGAUUCGGAAACAGAGAAUUUGUUAGAAGAACCCUGGAAUAUUGGAAUGAUCGGCAAUAAUUCCGGAAAAAACAAAAUUACGAUAUGAAAAAUUCUUAAAUGAAGCACCUGAUGAAGAAUUUUGAUUAAUAAGCUCACUGUGAUAUUAAGAGUCUCAGGGACUUGUAGAAGAGAGGAAUUAUAUAACAUGACUAUUAUAAUAAUAGGAGUAAUAUACAACGGCCUCUGAGUUCUGUGACUAAUGCAACUGAUUCAGUUCUAAUUGUGCGCAAACGAGUCGUAUUACUAUUAACAACUGUAGCAAUUGUACUUUUCACUUUUAGUAUGAAUAAAUAAUUAGUAAAUUUUGAA